CCUUGUGCUCUAUAGGGAUAGCCAUCCCUAGCGCAGCUCUGGUUCAUUAGAAAUGAGCUUAAACAAAUAUUACAUUUUUGCCUUGUUAAUGAUUCUGAAACUCUGAAAAGAAUGUACGAAUUUUGAGAAAUUAAUCCUGUUUGUCUAGAUAUUUCAAUGAAGCACCUUUAACCAUUUGUAGAAAAGAUUCACUUUUAUUUGUAUAAAACAUGCUGUGCUACGUAUUUGAAUGUCAUUUGUUUUAACUUACCAUCUGACUUUAAAAAUGGUCUGUUUAUAAAAUGCUAAACUUAACAAAGAGCUUACGUUCAAAAGAAUGUCAACAAAGAAAGUAAUUCCCACCUGUAAACAUUCCUGCAAAUGCUUUUACUCUCCUUAGAAAUCAUUAUUUUUAUAAAGUUUUCAGAUUAAAUUUUCAGGUUUUUUUCAUACUCCCAAACAAACAAUCUUUGCAUGUGUAACGCCAGAGUUUAUCACUCAAGUCGACUGUCCCCACCACAAGCAAAUUGAAUUAAGAUUACCACACAAGGAUUUCAAAGCAUUUGCGGAGAAGUCAAACAAGCUUUAGUUUAUUAUUAUUAUUGCGUCAGAGCGAAAAGUUUUCAGCCACUGGUUGGUCAGGGGGGUGGUAUGGGGGGUGUGGUGUGGUGUCUGCGUGUGCGUUGGAAAAUUUUCAAUCGCAAUCUUAUGGUUUAUUUCUUUAGCGCCAAAGCUACUUUAUUUUGACAGCAGACAAACAAAUGUCAGAAUUGAAAUUAAAAGGAAGGCAGCGACAGCCAAAGAAGUCAGUGGAAAACUUGUGAAAAACACGCCCGACUCAAAGAAGUAGACGAAGGUUUUUUCAGAAGGGGAGAAGGGAUGCCUUGGCCACAGUACGCAGUCCCAAUCAGAAACUCCGUAUCCCGGCCACGACUUUGGAUCCGACUCCGACUCCGGCUCGAUUCCAUCAGCUUCAGCCUCAACCUAAGUCUGAGUUUCAGCAUCAGAAUCAACAUCAGCAACACCACCCACACGCACUGACUUUCCUGCAUUCCCGCAUUUUCUUUUUGUACAUUUCACACAGCGUGAAAUUUUCUAAAUGUCAUUUUGCUGUCAUCUCGUGGAUAAUAAGAUUACAACUACGCUGAAAUAAUAGGAUUCAAAUGAAAAAACUUUGCCGUCGUCGUCGUCGUCUGUCUCCUUACGCUUCUCAACUUUCAAUACGCGCCUGGCCACACCUCUCCGCCCAUAAUACAUAGAUAUAUAUCUGAAUCAGAAUCCGACUGGGGAGCGUUUGUCGGUUGGUUAUUGUGCCUUUAGCUUGGGAUCUGCCACCUGGUAUGGGGCAGCAGUGGAAAGUUUUUGAUAGAGUGCAGCGAUAAUGAGUGAGCAGCCACAAUCCCAACUUCAACUCCAACUCCAACACCAGUCGAGGUAACUUGAGCGACCUACGAUCUGGAGACCACUUGCGGCGUCCCUGUCUGUACCACGUCUGCGUUCUAUCUGUAUAAUUGAUUCGAUUCCCCCAGUUUGGAGAGGUAGAAGGCGGUUUAAUGAACCAUGCUUUCAUAGCGACCAUAACUUCAGAUUGUCUACCUGCCCGCGGGCCACAAACAGACGAAAGUACUGGCCAGGUUUGCAAACAAAAUAGAAAAAAACUAGACACCAAAGGAAUUGGAAGAGAUAGCAAACAGAAAUCUAAAACCAAAAACCAAAACAAAAAUGAAAAGUCAAAAAGCAAAGCCAUCAGCUGGGCUUAGUUGGAUCAGUGCCCGGGGCCAUAAAGAGAAACCGGCUUUUAUUUGCCGCAUAGACGAGUAUAAAAGCAGCGAUCGCAUCCCAUAUAGACAUCAGAACUUCUCCAAACGUUCUAGCAAUCCAAGUUAUACUCAACAUGAACUCCUACUUCGUGAUCGCUUUGAGUGCCCUUUUUGUGGCUCUGGCUGCUGGAUCGGCCAUUAAUCUGAGCGAAGAGCAGAAGAAUCUGGCCAAGCAGCAUCAUGAGCAGUGCGCCGCCGAAAUCAAACUGACCGAGGAGGAGAGUGCCAAGGUCAAGGCCAAGGACUUCAAGAACCCCACGGAGAACAUCAAGUGCUUCGCCAACUGCUUCUUCGAGAAGGUCGGCACCCUGAAGGACGGCGAGCUGCAGGAGUCCGUGGUCCUGGAGAAACUGGGCGGUCUCAUUGGCGAGGAGAAGACCAAGGAGGCUCUGGAGAAGUGCAGGAGCAUCAAGGGCGAGAACAAGUGCGACACCGCUGCCAAGUUGCACGAAUGCUUCGAGAGCUUCAAGCCCGCCCCGGAGGCUAAGGCCUAAGGAAGUUUGGGAGUUGAACCAUGGCAAAUUGUGAUUCGGAAAAAAUAGGAAUAUCAUUUAAAUAAAAUUCUAUUUUAAAUGAAACUUGCCUGUGUGCUCUAUAUAGUUUGGAAUAUGACUCGAAGGCUUCUUUAAAUUCCUAAAUGAACAAGCAAGCUAAUGCCUUCCCAAAUAAUUAAUUUUAAUGAACAAGUGUAUCAUUCUGAAUCAGAAGAGGAAGGGAGCAAUUUGCCACAGCUUAAUUGAGGAUUUCAAGCCCUGUUUAACGUAAGCAGAUUAUAAUCCAUAUUCAUGUGUAAGUCCGUUCACUCGGCGUUUUCAAUGUGCAUAAUUAAACGUAUGGAGUGCACCAAA